AUGAAAGCCAUGGAGGAUCAGGUAGUGGAAGAGGAAGUUGGUUUCCAGGAUGAAGAGGAGUCCUUCUUCCAGGACAUCGAUCUCUUACAGAAACAUGGCAUUAAUGUUGCUGACAUUAAGAAAAUGAAAACAGUUGGAAUCUGUACAGUGAAAGGAAUUCAGAUGACAACACGAAGGGCGCUGUGCAACAUUAAGGGCCUUUCUGAAGCUAAGGUUGAUAAAAUCAAGGAAGCAGCCAACAAACUCAUUGAGCCAGGGUUUCUCACUGCAUUUGAGUAUAGCGAGAAGAGGAAAACAGUGUUUCACAUUACUACUGGCAGCCAAGAAUUAGAUAAAUUGCUGGGUGGAGGAAUUGAAAGCAUGGCAAUUACAGAGGUGUUUGGUGAAUUUAGAACUGGAAAGACACAGCUGUCACACACUUUCUGUGUGACUGCUCAGCUUCCUGGACCCAAUGGAUACUGUGGAGGAAAAGUGAUUUUCAUUGAUACAGAGAAUACCUUCCGCCCAGAUAGACUACGAGGGAUUGCUGGACGGUUUAAUGUGGAUGCAGAUGCAGUGUUGGAUAAUGUGCUGUAUGCACGUGCCUAUACAAGUGAACACCAGAUGGAAUUACUGGAUUACGUAGCAGCCAAAUUCCAUGAAGAGGGUGGAAUUUUCAAACUCUUGAUCAUAGAUUCAAUCAUGGCACUUUUUCGAGUUGAUUUCAGUGGCCGUGGUGAGCUUGCAGAGCGCCAGCAGAAGCUGGCUCAGAUGCUUUCCCGCCUGCAGAAAAUCUCUGAGGAAUACAAUGUGGCCAUAUUCGUUUCCAAUCAGAUGACUGCAGAUCCAGGAGCAACCAUGAGCUUCCAAGCAGAUCCAAAGAAACCAAUUGGUGGUCACAUUCUGGCUCACGCAUCUACAACGAGGAUUAGUCUACGGAAAGGACGGGGUGAACUACGUAUUGCGAAAAUCUAUGAUAGCCCAGAUUUACCAGAGAAUGAAGCCACUUUUGCCAUUACUGCUGGAGGAAUUAGUGAUGCAAAGGAGUGAGGCUUCCAGAACAGAGAUGAGCAUGAUAUUUUGAGUUUCCUGAGUACUAAUUUGUUUAACUAUUAAAGUAUAGAAAUUUAAAAGAUUACAAGGUAAUUCAGGUUUACAUUUAAAAAACUGUGAAAAAUCAGUUUUUUGUCAAGUAAUGUACGAUUUGAUAUCCAACCUCUGUUUUGUCUAGGCAUGUUCAAAAUUAGGCACUCCCAAAUUCCUGGAAGUAAAUCACAUUGAGAGACUACAACAAUAUUACAAAAUAAAUAGUAGAACUCUUUUGCAUACAAACCUGAGUUU